AUGGUGACGACGGUGAACCAGAGUAAUAAAACUCCCAGAGGUAGUAAAAUGGCAAAGAGAACUGCUACUGUCGCUUUUGACGAACCUCCGCAAAGUAAAGUUAAAGUUACCGAUGGCAAGAAACAUUCAUUAGAUUCCGAUGAAGAAGACAGUGCUGCUGAAGAAGAGAAACAAAAUGUCCUCAAUGCUGAUGACAUUGAAGGAGAAGAGGAAGGUAUCGCUGGAAUGGAAGGUGAAAUUACAAUAACACCUUUCAAUAUGAAAGAGGAAUUGGAAGAAGGACACUUUGAUACACAAGGACAUUAUCAUUGGAAAAAAGAGAAAGAGAUAAGGGAUGGGUGGUUGGAUAACAUUGAUUGGGUCAAAGUCAAGGGACGACCUGAAGAUAAGUAUAAAGUGCACAAAGAUGACGACAUGAAAGGAAUCUUAGAUGAGACAGACAGUGAAGAUGAAGAGGUUGAGGAAAAAUUUGAUCUAAUAUCAAAUUAUAAGGAAAUAUUACAGCAUAUGAAACCAAGAGAGACAAUAGCUAAAACAUUACAAAGACUUGGUGCCAACUCUAAAAUAUCAAGUGCAGAACGAUGGAAGAGGAAAAAACAAGGAAUUGUUGAUGAAGGUAGUAAAAUUGUUACAAGAGUAACGGAGCUGGCUAACCAAAUACUGACUAAGACAGGGAAUAUGGAUAUUUAUCAAGAGAAUUAUGAGAAAAUCAGUAAUCACAUAAGUAAAGACCAGAAGAAGAAUCAAGAUGCUGAGUUAGACAUGUACGCUGAUGAUUUUGAUCAAAAAGAAAAGAAAACACUGGACAAAGGAGGCGAACAAAGUACAAAUGAUGAUGAUGGUGAAAAUGAGCACUCAAAUGAAGUGAAAUGGGAGUUUAAAUGGAGUCAAGAUGACAGUGCUGAAAUAUCUGGACCUCAUUCCACAGAGCAAAUGAACAAAUGGGCUAGUGAAGGUUACUUCAAAACUGGUGUUUGGGUCAGGAAACAUGGUGAAGAUACUCAGUUCUAUAGCUCUAAUAGAAUUGACUUUGAACUGUAUAUGUAG